UCCGGAGAGAGCCGAGCGUGCCCGAGCGGCGGCGCGGCGACGCAAUCAUGGCGGCGACCGGCGCUUCUGUGACUGAGAAGAACGAGGAGCAGGCGUUGGAGGCCGAGGCACUGGCCGCGGCCCGGGAGCGAAACAGCCGCUUUUUGAGCGGUCUGGAGCUGGUGAAGCAGGGCGCCGAGGCGCGCGUGUUCCGCGGCCGCUUCCAGGGCCGCGCGGCCGUGGUGAAGCACCGCUUCCCCAAGGGCUACCGGCACCCGGCGCUGGAGGCGCGGCUCGGCCGGCGACGGACGGUGCAGGAGGCCCGGGCGCUGCUCCGCUGCCGCCGCGCAGGAAUAGCUGCCCCUGUUGUCUUUUUUGUGGACUAUGUUUCCAACUGCAUAUACAUGGAAGAAAUCAAAGGCUCAGUGACUGUUCGGGAUUAUAUUCAAUCCACAAUGGAGACUGAAAAAAAACCCCAGAAUCUCUUUGGCUUAGCCAGGACUGUUGGGCAGGUUUUGGCUCGAAUGCAUGACGAAGACCUCAUUCACGGUGAUCUCACUACCUCAAACAUGCUCCUGAAACCCCCCCUGGAACAGCUGAACAUCGUGCUCAUAGACUUUGGGCUGAGUUACAUCUCAGCCCUUCCAGAAGAUAAGGGAGUGGACCUCUAUGUGCUGGAGAAAGCCUUCCUCAGUACCCAUCCCAACUCCGAGACUGUUUUUGAAGCUUUUCUGAAGAGCUACUCCACCGCCUCCAAAAAGGCCCAGCCAGUGCUCAAAAAACUCGAUGAAGUGCGCCUGAGAGGAAGGAAGCGGUCCAUGGUGGGGUAGAGGCGUGUGGGGCAACCGCGGGCAGUCGAGCUGUUCGCGGGAAGUGCGCGUGCAGGAAUGCUGCAAGCCCCGGAGCCCUAAAUAAAGGCGUUGCGCUGCUCUUGAGUGCUGUCUGUGACCAUGCUUGUAACGGGUCAUUAUCCUCUGCGGUCGGCUGCGCGGGCACUCACGUGUACAUGAGGGAUGUGGUAGGCAGAGCCGGGGAACAGACCAGGGCCGGCUUCCUCACUGGGGCAUGUGUAUCCAGGUAUCUGAACAUGACUUUAAAAAGCACUGAACCAUGUAAUGAGAACACCCUUUUUUUCAGUCCUGGUAAGACAAGGACAAAGUCUCAUGGGUGACAGCAGGCCUGCGGUAGUCCUCUAACCCAGCUUUUUUUGGGGUGUCUAUGAUUAUCCUCAUAAAAUCUACAUAGUGGGAUGUGACCAGCAUUUUUAAAAUGAACUAGAAACUAGAAUCAUCAGAAUUCUUUACAGGUGGUAGUAUAAAUACUGCCUCAUGGAACUUGUUUCAGAUGUAUAUGGGGAUCAGGAUAUGCCCUGGUUCUGAUGUAAAAUAUAUUCCUUUUGGAGCACUGGGAUUUGGGGGCACCUGCACGUGGACGAUAAUCACUGCUGUAAACUAAGAAGGGAACUCUGGUCUGGUGCCAAUAAAAUUUUAUUUAUAAAAACGGU